GGAGGUAAACAAUACGUGAUCAGGUCUGGACCCUACCGCUCUCCUCUCUGUACACUUACUGUACAUUAACACAACUUUACAACAAUUGUUUUUCCAGCUUUUGGACUAAAAAGGUGAAAACUGUCUUCUUCUGCAAUGGCAGACGCAGAUAGAGUGAAAGAGCUGGUGUCAAAGUGCCAGCAGGCCCGGGACCAGGCUUACUGCCCCUACAGCCACUUCCCUGUCGGUGCAGCACUACUGACAGCAGAUGGAGCCAUAAUCACAGGCUGUAAUGUGGAGAACGCCUCCUACGGUCUGACAGUGUGUGCUGAACGGACGGCCAUCCAGAGGGCCGUGGUGGAAGGUCACAGACAGUUCACUGCCAUCGCUGUGACAUGUGAUAUCAAAGACCACUUUGUUGCGCCGUGUGGAGCAUGUCGACAGGUGCUAUUGGAGUUUGGAUCAGACUGGAUUGUAUACUUGAUCAAGCCGGACGGAUCUUUCAGAGAAACCAGCCUGAGUGAACUGUUGCCUCUGUCCUUUACACGCCAGGAACUGAAGACGUAUCAGCAGGAUCCUUAGACGUCACUUUUUAGUACAUGAGCUGCAAAGUCCCUUAAAUUGGGUUAUAGCGACACUGCAAAUUAGGAAAACAAUUAAACAUAUUUUGUUUCUCCUAAAA